AUAUAUAUAUAUAUAUAUGCAGUAAUACCUCGGUUUACGAGAACCUUAGUUUAUUUUUUUAAAGGUAAACCUUCGGUCUUCAUUUUUUUCCUCUACAACAAAUUUUACAACUUUUCUCGAGAUUAAUGUGUCAGCAACUUUUAAAACGAUAAUAUACGCGCAGAUUAUGUUUAUCGAAGUUGAGGAAGUUGUGCACAUUUCUGCCAUAUUAAAAUGGUGAAGCAAUAUACGACACCGGAAUGCACUGACUGGUUCACUUUCCAACCAUCUUCCUCAGACCUGCACAACAUGGCAUUGCAUUAUUUUGUAUGUCCAGUAUGCCCAGCUUCUCAUAUUUCCUUUUGUCCAAAUGAUGUUGCCUGUCAAAGUUCAGUAUAAUAUAUACCACACUAACAAGGAAAAGUCAGAAAAAAAGUUAAAGGAAAAUGUAGUGAAAAUUUAGGAAGUGCUUGACAAGUAACGUGAAGCAGCACCCUAACAGGCAGGCUCUGGUAGCUGAAGGGCAGAGGAAAGUCUGCCAGUUGUGGGUCCCCUCAGUGUUAGUGGGAGCUGGUGGUAUAUAAAGUGAUCACCGCCCAACAACGACUACUUAGGCAGACAGGAGUAGCGCGGUGAGUAUACCAUCCUAAUAAAACAUCAUAAUUCUUGAUCAUUAGACAGGCAGAUAAAGGAGGAAUUUCUUAUUUAAAGCUUUUUACUAUGUAACCAGGGUCAAAUAAGUGAUAAGUAUAGGCUCAGUUCCAUCGGAGUAGCUAAAAACCUUCCGAAAUAAGACUACUUAAAGCCUCCGACUUUGAGUGAGAAAAACAUAUUAUGCCUUGUUUGUCAUGCGUGUCGUUAGCAAAAAGGUUUAUGAGCGACCUUCACCCUUAACCCUCAGAUGCGAGUGCUAGCAGGAAUACUGGUCUGUCUGGCGGCGGCGGUGGCAGAGGAUCACGAGGAGUUGAGGGAUGAGACCAAGGCGAGUCCUGCUGAAAACUCUGAGCCCGGCUCUGUCCAGAUCGGCGGCAAUCGGUUCUUGGGAGUGUCAUCCACCACCACUCACACCAAUGUGGUCAUGGUCACCUCCACUGUGUUCUUCUCGUGCCUCUCAGGGACCUCAGGGGCCGUGUGCGGAGGCCGAAGACUGAUGACCCGUAAACUAAGUCCUCUUGAUGUUUCUCUCAGCGGCGGCCACGACGGAAAAGCUCUCGACAGUAGUCUUAUUGAUACCGACGGCAUGGAAACUGAUAUAUCCUCUUCUUCGAGCCCCCAAGAGGCCGACAAAAACGGCAAGUUUCAGUUCCUCACCAUCUGGAGCGCCGCCAGCACCACCACCACGGUCACCAUGUUGUACACUGACACCAACACUACCGUGCGACUCUCCUACUACUGCCAGGCGGGCUUCCAGAUCCUGCCUAACAGGUGUGCCGGGUAGGCAGGUCGGUUUGGAUGUCCCCGACGUGGCUCCAAUCGGUGACAGCGACUUCGCGACCCUCUGACAAUGACUGUUGUACGUGUGUAUGUACUUGAAUAAGAGAAUCCAAGUAAUUUUAUGUUCC